CUCACUGUCAGAGGCAGCCUGUACCCGACAGGACGUUGAUUUUUCACCCUCGCCCUACUUCAACAGCACUCGGUGCUCCGGGAUCUAAGGAUUUAAAGAUUGUUGGAGUGAAUUUAUUGUCAACAGGUUCCAUCAUGAUGAUGAUGAUGAGCAGGAAGAUGACCAGCAGACACUUGUUGUGCUUCCUGCUGCUCUUCUUCCAGCUCUCCUGGGCUGAGGACACAAAGAAACAUGAGAAGAAGACUGAGAACAUGACAUUUUGGAGCCAAGCGAAGACCAGACGACUGUUUGCGAGGCAAAAGAUUUCUCCACCAGAACAAGCACACGUUUUAAAACAAAAAUCAAACGUUAUGACCCCCGCACGACGCUGCGGCCGCCUGAUGGAGAGCUGCUCCUCACACGUGCCCUGCUGCGACCCCUGCGCCUCCUGUCGCUGUCGGCUCUUCAACACCAUCUGUCACUGCUGGAGGAUGAACCCUCUGUGUCUGAAGAGGACCUAAGAGUGCACACAGACGUGUAACACACAACUGAUGUACACAUAAAACCCUGCACACAAAGUGG